AUGGCUUGCGAGUGCUUCUGCGGCAUAGUGAAGACCCUUUUGGCGGUGGAUCUUCGGAUUGCGCUGGGCCUCAAGAAGCAGACGUAUCCGCUCAACGAAUGGGCUGAGCAGUACCACGAGGAUGCAGUGGAUCCGGAGAUUGAAAUCCUGGACGCGCACCAUCAUCUGUUCGACUUCUUGAACCACGACAAGGGGCUGCCCGCACCAAAAUUUAUCAGAAAGCUCUGGUACAUGCAGGAUGGGCUGCAUUUCACCCGUGCGAUUGGCGCCCAGAUGCCCAGCCUGCCACACUCCUUCGGAUGGCGGCUGCCGAUGUUUCCCCCCUACAUGGGGGAAGACCUGAUGAAAGACAUCAAGGGGAACGGCAAGGGCCACAAGGUCGUUGGUACCAUCUACAUGGAGUGCGGCUGGAAGACACCCGGCGUCGAGCCGUGCAUGGAAGCGGUAGCUGAGGCCGACAUGGUGACGGAGGUCCAUGCGAAGUACCCGCUGCUCUGCGGCGGAAUUGUCGCCUUCGUCGACUUGCGCCUGGGGAAGGAUGUUGAGCCAGCAUUGAUUCACUACAAGAAGAACCCGCUCGUGAAAGGUAUUCGGCAUGGCCUGGCGUACACAGGCCACCCGCUGAUUGCCGAUGCGGGUCACUGCGAUGCGAACACCGCUUAUGACCCAAAGUUUCGUGAAGGCUUCGCCCUCCUUGCGAAGUACGGCUUCGUCUUCGACAGUUGGCUCUUUCACCCUCAGAUAGCUCCACUGGCAGACCUGGCAGAGGCCUUCCCAGACACCACAAUUGUCUGCGACCACAUGGGCUACCCGCUGGGACUGAAUGAGUGGAAGAUUGAGGAGGUCUUUCCCGAAUGGAAGGCGCUGAUGGUGCGCCUUGCGAAGUGCCCGAAUGUGAUGGUCAAGAUCGGUGGUUUUGGCAUGCGCUGGCCAAAUUUCGGCUUCGAUGAGCGGCCCACACCGGCCAGCAGCGAUGAGAUAGCCGCUGCCUGGAAGCCUUACGUCCUCCACACCCUGGAGGUCUUUGGGGUGGACCGAUGCAUGAUGGAGUCCAACUUUCCUAUGGACAAGAUCUCUUGCAACUACACGGUGUGCUUCAACGCGCUCAAGAAGUGUGUGCGAGACUACUCCCUCGAGGAUCGCAAGAAGCUGUUUCAGGGCAACGCCCGCCGGGUGUACAAGCUUUGA